AUGGAGGAGUGGGAGGGAAAUAACCGCCUGCAGGUUAGGAAGAAGAACUCGCUGAAGGACUGCAUGGCAGUGGCUGGGCCUCUCGGGGUCACACACUUCCUGAUCCUCAGCAAAACAGAGACCAAUGUCUACUUUAAGCUGAUGCGCCUCCCAGGAGGCCCCACCUUGGUCUUCCAGGUCAACAAGUAUACACUGGUACGGGAUGUGGUCUCCUCACUGCGUCGGCACCGCAUGCACGAGCAGCAGUUCUCCCACCCACCCCUCCUGGUGCUCAACAGCUUUGGCCCCCAUGGCAUGCACGUGAAGCUCGUGGCCACCAUGUUCCAGAACCUGUUCCCCUCCAUCAAUGUGCACAAGGUGAACCUGAACACCAUCAAGCGCUGCCUUCUCAUCAACUACAACCCUGACUCCCAGGAGCUGGAUUUCCGCCAUUACAGCAUCAAGGUCGUCCCCGUGGGCGCAAGUCGCGGAAUGAAGAAGCUUCUCCAGGAGAAGUUCCCCAACAUGAGCCGCCUGCAGGACAUCAGCGAGCUGCUGGCCACGGGAGGAGGGCCCGGGAAGAAGAGCCUGGAGGGCAUGAAGAAGGCCCGGGCGGAGGCCGACGGAGACAGUGACGCUGAGGACCCCGGGGCCCCCCCAGGGACAGAGGGGGCCAGCCGGGAGGACGAGGAGGAUGAAGCCGAGUAUUUCCGCCAGGCGGUGGGCGAGGAGCCCGACGAGGACAUGUUCCCAGGGGCGGCCAAGCGCAGGCGGCCCAGCAGGCCUCCAGGCAGGAAGCAGCGGGAGGACAGAGGCCGAGAUGCACAGCCGUGUCCCACCAACUUCUCGGCGGCUGCUGACCGCGUCCUCAGUAGGUACCAGGGCGCCUUCCUGUGGCCCGUGCUGGUGGCCGAGUUCCUGGUGGCCGUGGCCGGCAACAGCCUGGCCCUGUACCGCUUCUGCACGCGGGAGCCGCCGUGGCACCCCGCCGUGGUCUUCUCGGCCCAGCUGGCAGUCAGCGACCUGCUCUGCGCCCUGACGCUGCCCCCGCUGGCCGCCUACCUGCGCCCCCCCAAGCACU